UGGUAAAGGUGAGCAGGUUCUGAGUUAACACUCCCCGCUUUGGCUUGGAGAAUCCCCCAAAGACCAGCAGCGAGAUAAAAUUUCUCCACUUGAAGGCCGGCAGCCAAUCGGCAGGCUCUGUGACUGGGACAAAGUCCUCUUUGCAUAGCCAUUUAACUCUCCUUUCCUUUCCCUCCACCUCCUCUCUGAAUGGUUUAACGUUACACCCUCUGCGAGACUUUACCUGUCCAGGUGAACUGCAGUGUUGAAAGUGAGCGUGGGCAAUGAAGUCACGUCUGCUCUGCUGAUGACCUCUUCAUCAGAUCCACCAUGACAUCCAAAGUCCUGCCCUCCAAAUGAGCAUCCAGGAGGAUAGUACAGCCUGUGAAGUUGCCACGGCGAUGGCGGAAGCGUCGGCUCCACCUCUUUCCCCAUCAGACUAUGGACUGUUGUCUCCGCCUCCUGACCUGUGCACGACAUGCGGCCACAGUCACCAGCUGGAGGAGAACCAUGAAUACCAAUACGAGGAUGAGGUGGACGACGACCUCGUCUGUCACAUCUGCCUGCAGCCGCUCAUCCGGCCUCUGGACACGCCUUGCGGACACACCUACUGCCAGGAGUGUCUCACCAGCUUCCUGCUGGAGAGCGACUUCUGCCCCGUGUGCCGGGCGCCCCUCAUGCUGCAGAGCUGCAGGAAGCCCAGCCUGCUGGUGCACAAGCUGCUGGACAAGCUGACCGUCGCCUGCCCCUUCCCUGACCAUUGCACUGAAACGCUGCCCCGUGGUGAACUAGCAGACCACAUCAAGAGCAGGUGUAAAGGCGCCUCUCACUAUGGGCUCUCGGCGGACAGGAAGCGACGCUCGCAGGAGGGUGAAUGCACCGACAGCACGUCAGAGCUCACCAUCGCCACGCUGCCCAACGACGGCCCCACCUCCGCCGCCGUGGCCCUCCUGUCAGACGAACCCGGCCUGGUCAACCCCGCCUUCGACCCCAGCAUGGAGGACAACAGCCAGUCGGGCAGCACGACCAGCCUGGCGGCUCGCAGCAGCACCAAGAAGAGUGAGUUCAGAAACUUUGACCGGUCUUCAGUGAGAAGCCGCUCCUUCAGGAGGUUGAAUCGGGCCUUCAGUGUUCUUCGGAGGACCAAGAGUGGCAAUGCAGUCAGCAACGAGACAUCUGAGGAGAGAGACAACGCCAGGAAUUCCAGUGUGCCACAAGAAGUGCUGCCUCUUCCUCAGCUGCAUCACCUGAUCCCUGACGGUGAGGUUACCAGUAUUAAGAUCACGCGGGAGGAUCCGUCCGAUCCGCUGGCCAUCAGCAUCGUCGGCGGCAGCGAGACCCCUUUGGUUCGCAUCCUCAUCCAGGAUAUCUAUAGGGAAGGCGUCAUUGCCCGGGAUGGACGCUUGCUGCCUGGGGACAUGAUUCUGAAGGUAAAUGGCAUCGACAUCAGCAACGUACCCCACUGCUUUGCCGUGGCAACCCUCAAACAACCCUGCCAACUCCUCCGGCUAACAGUUCUCAGAGAACAGCGCCAUCGAUACCGCUCGCACUCGCACGGCCACCAACAUGGCCACGGACACGGCCUCGACAUCGCCAGUGGCCACCCGCCCCACGGCCUGCCCCACCAUCCCAUGAGAGACGACAGCAUCCAUGUGGUCCUGAAUAAAAGCACUCCAGAUGAACAGCUGGGCAUCAAGCUGGUGCGGCGGCCAGAGGAGCACGGCGUCUACAUCUUUCACCUGCUGGAGGGCGGGCUGGCGGCACGUGAUGGACAGUUGUGCGUUGCCGACCGCGUGCUGGCCAUCAACGGGCACGAUCUACGCUACGGAGCGCCCGAACACGCUGCACUGCUUAUUCAGGCGAGUGAGGAGCGUGUCCAUUUCAUAGUGUCUCGUCAGAUCUGCCUGCCCACCCCAGACAUCCUACAAGAAGCUCCGUGGGCCAUGGAUGGUCCCCCACCGUAUUCCCCUGUGGAUAUAGAGCAAACACUGCUGGACUCUUGUCAGAAGCCUGCAUGCUAUGAGAAGACAGUGACUCUAAGUAAGGAGCCGUAUGACUCCCUGGGUAUGACGGUGGCGGGCGGCAUGUCCAGCCGAGGGUGGGACCUCCCCAUUUACGUCACAAACGUGGACGCUGAUGGAGUGGUGGGACAAGAGGGCUCCAUUCGUAAAGGUGACAUUUUGUUAAAUGUGAACGGGGUGGACUUGACGGGGGUGACGCGAGGUGAAGCCGUGGCCAACUUGAAGAACACCUCCUCUCCCGUUGUGCUCAAGGUCUUGGAGAUGCGUCCUCCGGAUGAAAGCCUGCAAGAGUGCACGUUGCCACCUUGUCUCACGCCGUCGCCCACAGAUAGCACCAAGAGCCCGGUGCCCAACGACGAUUACUCCCCACUGUGGGUGUCAUGGCUGCAGCUACCCAGGCAUCUCUACUGCUGCAAAGACAUCGUCCUGCGGCGGAGCACUUCAGGCAGCCUGGGCUUCAGUAUUGUGGGAGGUCAGGAGGAGGUCAACUGCAAUCAAUCCUUUUUUAUCCGCUCCAUCGUGGAGGGGACACCAGCCUACAAUGACGGCAGGAUAAGGUGUGGGGACAUCCUGCUCGAGGUGAACGGGAAGGGCACUUGGGGAAUGACCCACACAGCUUUGGUUCGCCUCCUGAAGGAGCUCCGGGGCAGAAUCACCCUGACCAUCGUCUCGUGGCCGGGCAGCCUGCUGUAGCAGUGCUCCAAGCAAUCCAGCACUGCUUUAGUGGCACUGACCGAGAAAUGUGGAAGCUUUGGACUGGCUGACCACCUUAAGCUUGGUGUGUGGGAGAAGCUUAGAAUAGUGCUGUAGCUGUUUGGAUAUCUCACUUCUGAUGGACAGCUGAGACUUUGCCAGGAGUUUGGAGGGGGACAGAGAUGAGACUGGAUUGUGACCAGUAGUUAACUUGCCCCUCUUGAGAAUGCUGAGCUGGGAGGAUCCAGGCCUGAGCCACUUCUAACACGGAAGUUGGGCGUUAUCUGUUUAGAGGACAUGGUCAUUCUCUGGAACAGCUUCCAGCCAGUGGGGGUGAGAGGAUCGAGAGGAGACACAACACGUUGCCAAUUCCAGUAGUUAUACUGUAUAUUACGAUAUGCGUUACGUUGGACACACAUUUCUUUACUGUAAAUGUUGGGUGUCUCAAAAAAGUACUGAUCCAAGCACUUGUAAUAUGUUUUUUUUGUUUGUUUGUCGUAUGGCCUUUAAACGUAGGCUUUAUUCUGUUUGUGCUGACAGUGGUUAUCAUCUUCAUACGUUGACCUGAAGACACGUUGCCGAGUAGUAGUCUGUGAGGUUUUUUUCUGUUAUUUCAGAAGCUAUGGCUAAAUUAUCAAACCACUGGCAAGAAAAUAUACGAAAAAAAUAAAGGAUCAAUGUGUUCACAACAUGUUAAAAUAAUAUUUAAUUAGGUGACAUUGUGGAGGCCUUACUAAUUUUCUUACUUUUAAGAAAAAAAACUGACUUAGAUUCUGUGUAUCAGUGGAUGGUCUGAGGUUCAUCUGCUGUGGUUCUGUCUGUCACACUUCGGCCUGUGUAGUAAAUCUGAUGGUACAUUUGGUUAAAUGAUCAAUAAAGUCAUUUGAAAAUGA